AUGGCCGAACAGAGAGAUGGCAUUAUGUUCAUAAUUUUGGGAAUUUUAAUGAUGGGUUUGCCAGUAAAUGGUGAACUGAGAAAUGGGUUUUAUUCUGUUUCAUGUCCAAAAGCAGAGUCUAUAGUGAGAGCUACAGUUGAAUCGUACUUUAAAACAGAUCCUACCAUUGCAGCUGGGUUGUUGAGGCUUCAUUUUCACGACUGUUUUGUGCAGGGUUGUGAUGGUUCGGUGUUGAUUGCGGGUGGUUUGGCUGAGAGAAAUGCUUUGCCGAACCUUGGAUUAAGAGGGUUUGAAGUAAUAGAAGAUGCAAAAGCAGAGCUUGAAGCUGAGUGUCCUGGAGUCGUCUCUUGUGCUGAUAUUCUCGCUUUGGCUGCUCGUGAUGCUGUUGACUUGAGUAAUAGACCAAGUUGGUCGGUGCCCACAGGAAGAAGGGAUGGAAGAGUUUCUUCAAAAUCCCAAGCCGAAAACUUACCUUCUCCACUCGAGUCCAUUGCUGUCCACAAGAAAAAAUUUGCAGAAAAAGGCCUCGACGAACAAGACCUCGUCACCUUACUCGGAGCACACACGAUAGGGCAAACGGAUUGCCUUUUCUUUAGAUAUCGUCUACACAACUUCACAGCAACAGGCAACUCAGAUCCAACAAUAAACCCAUCAUUCUUAACAGAGCUGAAAGUACUUUGCCCCAAAGAUGGAGAUGCAACCAUAAGGGUGGCGUUGGAUAAAGACAGCCAGUUCAAAUUCGACCUUAGUUUCUUCAAAAACAUUAGAGAUGGAAAUGGAGUUUUGGAGUCGGACCAAAGGCUUUGGAAUGAUGAUUCAACCAAAAGCAUUAUCCAAAAGUACAUUAGCCCUUUAAGAGGAAUUUUAGGCCUUAGAUUUGACAACAACUUUAGGAAAUCUAUGAUUAAAAUGAGUAGUAUUGAGGUUAAGACCGGUACGCAAGGAGAGAUCAGGAGAAAAUGUUCGAGGUUUAAUUAA